UGCGCACUGUUUCCAUUAUACCCGUCCGACCGAUACCCCCAUAGACUGCUCUGCAGUGCGCAGACUGCCCCCCUCACCAGAUGAUGUUGACAGAGGCUACUCCUCAGCUCGUCUCUAGAGAGGAACGACCGCCGGCGCCUCUAAGGACUAAUACAUUCCGGCAGACGAGGCCUGAUAUCGUGGGCCCCGAUGUCCCAGCAUCUCCCUUUCCAAUAUACGUCUCCGGAGCAGUACAGCGAGGCUUUGGGAGAGGAGGCAAGGACCUGGGCUGCCCGACAGCGAAUCUGCCGGACGAAUCCAUAGCUCCCAUGAGUUCUGUGACUCGUACUGGAGUAUAUUAUGGGUAUGCUCAAAUAUCUACGGAGAAGGAUGGGAAGACUAUAUUACCUGAAGAGGACUCGAAGGUGAUGCCGAUGGUCAUGAGCUUGGGAUGGAAUCCCUUCUACAAGAACGAGAGGAUGACCGCUGAGAUACACCUCAUGCACGACUUCUGCUCUGACUUCUAUGGUCAUGAGAUGAAGGCAGUCGUACUUGGAUAUAUCAGGCCAGAGCUCGAUUACACCUCACGAGAGGCACUCAUCGAAGAUAUUGAAAUGGAUAAACGCGUAGCCUUAAAGUCGCUAGCCAGACCAGCGUAUGAGAGGUAUAAGUCGGAUCCUCUGUUCGGCACGAGUCAUCCUAGACUUUGGCGCGCCCGAGCGGACAAAAGUAUAUUGUGCUCGAGAUAACGAGUUUAUGCUCACCUAGUUAGGUGUUAAAAUCGGAUAGCGCAUUGAUUUCGGCACGUUUCUGUGUAUAUAUGCACCUCAAAAAGGAUUAUUCGCCUAUGGUCG